UGCCGGCCGGCUGUCAAUGAAUUGUCAUUUUCACACAGCUGAUGUAAGUGGUAGAUAAAUAAAAUUAAUAUUUUUGCCACACACCGGCACCGCCAAUAUAUAUAAAUAAACAUAUUUCCCUGAGGUAAAAAUGAUUACACAAAUAGCGGUGAUAAUGACGGCAGUCAAAUUCUUUUUCAUACCACUCUACCGCUCUACAGACUUCGAGGUCCACAGGAAUUGGUUGGCAGUCACACACAAUCUUACAAUUGAUCAGUGGUAUUACGACACUACUUCAGAAUGGACACUGGAUUACCCACCAUUCUUCGCUUGGUUGGAGUAUGGGUUAUCCCAUGUGGCGAAGUGGUUUGACCCGCAAAUGUUGCACCUUACUAAUUUGAAUUAUGAUUCGAACAUGACUGUAUUGUUCCAGAGGCUCUCUGUGAUUGUACUGGAUUUUUUUUAUAUCCUUAGUGUAAAAAGUUGUUCAGAUCUUAUAAGCAAUGGGAAACUCCUUGUAUUUAUACUGUUGGUCUCAAACCCAGGUUUGCUGAUGGUUGAUCACAUACAUUUCCAAUAUAAUGGAUUUCUGUACAGUUUUUUGUUGUUCUCAAUAUCAAAUAUGAUAAGAUCAAAUUACCUACAAGCAGCAGUAUGGUUUGCUGUGCUACUGAAUUUAAAGCACAUCUACUUGUAUGUGGCACCAGUAUAUGUUGUGCAUCUGCUCAGAGCUUACUGUUUCACGGUGUCAUCCCCUGAUGGAAUCCAUACUCCAUGGUAUUCCUUCUCUAUCACAAACCUUAUCAAACUCGGUGUCACUGUGGUUACUGUAUUUGCAUUGUCUUUUGGACCUUUCUAUAAACAUUUGCCACAGAUAUUGUCAAGACUGUUUCCAUUCAAAAGAGGUCUAUGCCAUGCCUAUUGGGCACCAAACUUUUGGGCUCUUUACAACUUUGGGGAUAAAGCUUUGCAAAUAGUAUUGCCUAGGUUUGGUAUUGCCAUUGCUAAGACUGAAGCAGCUAUGACUGGCGGACUAGUACAGGAAUAUGAGCAUGCAGUGUUGCCAUCUAUAAAGCCGAGUCUAACAUUUAUUUUGACAAUAGCGUCCAUGAUCCCAGCAUUAGUCAAGUUGUGGCACCUUGGAGCUGACAGGAGGUACAGGACUUUGAGCUUUGUGAGGUGUUUAGUUGUCUGUGCAACAUGUUCGUUUAUGUUUAGUUGGCAUGUGCAUGAGAAAGCCAUCCUAAUGAUUCUAAUACCGCUCAGUUUCCUUGCUGUUUUGGGAGAUGUGGAUGGAAAACUGUUUCUUAUUAUCUCUACGGUGGGACAUUAUUCACUGUUCCCUCUUCUUUACCCUAAGAAUCUUCUGUCAAUCAAGAUAUUUAUGCUAUUAACGCAUUGUGCCAUUGCAUUUAGUAACAUUCCAUUGCUGUAUGUAAACCCGAAGUUGAAGGGUAGCAAAAGACGUGGCUUCUUACGUCUACCUAUGUUGGGGCAUCUAGAAUCGCUAUACAUCUAUGGACUUUUAGUGCUAUGUAUUUAUGAGAAUGCAAUUCAUAAAACUUUAGGUUUAGAUAAGAGAUUACCUUUUUUACCUCUUAUGUUCACAUCAGUAUAUUGUUCUUUAGGGGUACUGUAUUUCUGGAUCUGUUAUUACUAUUAUUUCUUGAAUUUUAAUCUUAGCAAAGUUUUCAUUGCUCCUAAUACAGAGGUUAAAAAGGUUAAAUAGACAAGUAGCGAAAGAAAAUCAAUGUACUUUUUGAAUUGAAUAUUCAAAAAUUGAAGAUGAAGGAAAUAUUUGUUUUCUAGUCUAAUGGAUAAACAUUCCAAACAAUUAAUAUUUUUGCAUUAAGUUAAAAAGUUUAUGAGAAUGUUAUUACAAAAUAAAUUAAUAAAUAUUACAAACAUUCCCCCCCUAGAUUGAGGGGAGGCCUGUGCCCAGCAGUGGGACGUAUAUAUAGGCUGUUUAUGUUGUUAUGUAAUUACAAACAUUACCCUCCUUCUGGGACAGUCAUCGGGUAGGAUGUAACAUCAAUGAUCUUUCCAGGCUAUGUUGCCCAAAAAUAUAUAGUUGGCGUUGUACAGAUUUAACGUACAAAAAUAUAUAAACAUAUUUGUUAUUAUCAUAUAUCCUAUAACACAAGUCUCAAGUAAGAACUUAGCUUAGGAUACGAUGGUUUAUUAUAUUUUAGAAACAAUGUAAAACCGUGUAAAAUUGUAAAUGUGUAUGUUAAGUAAGCUGUACAUCUUUUGAAAAUAAACAAUUUAUUAUUAUUAUAA